CCACGUUUUAUAAACACCAAAAUGCCCUAACGCAUUAUGGUAAGCCAUAAUACACCGAUCGACUAGUUCAGAGGGCAAACAUAACAGCAUACGAUCACUGUUACUGUCAUUUUUAUACAACACACCAUUUUGAAGGCAAAAUUGGGAUUGGAGUUUUAGGUUACUACUCAAAGAUUUUCUAACUGAGCUGAGCUUAGGGUCACCCUCCUGAUAUUUGAUUAUGUCUUUAAGUAAAUCAAGACAUUCCCUAGAUAGAUUCAGGGCACCAACCACAAAAUGUUUGUCAGAAGAUGUGGGCACACCCACACCAGAAAAACGUGAGAAAGAGUCUGCCAGAACGUUCUUGCUCCCAGAAAUGUGCUUGAGGUCGAAAGAAAACUCCUGCAGUGCUAGUGCCCAUCUUGUGAUACGUGGUGAUAAUAGUCUGCAAGUUUUCAGAUACUCAUCUGCUUGUCGAAGACGAGAGACUGCAUCUGAUAGACUUGAACAUCCGAGUAAAGAACAGGAGAUGUUUGGUGGAAAAUGAGGGGCGAUUGCAUCUAUUAGUUCUUUCACCGUAUACGGUGGUUCCAAGUGUUUAGUAGCAGCAACCCAGUAAUUA